UUGUUUUCAGAGAAGCAGCUGAAAACUUUUGGGAUUGUUUUGGCAGAAUCGGAAUUGGAGGAUGACGACUACAUACAUUGCGAUCUGUGCGGAGUGUGCUAUCGCGCAUCCUGUCGACUACAUCCCCUCUUCAUCGUCAGUGAUCGUGAGGUGGUUUUUUUUUCUUAUUUGCUGAUUGCCUUACGGGCUUACUCAAUAUCUGCGAAGAAAGGACGGGGAGGGACAGCCAAAUGCCAAUGUCUUGCUUGCUCAGAGAAGCAGCUGAAAACUUUUGGGAUUGUUUUGGCAGAAUCGGAAUUGGAGGAUGACGAUUACAUACAUUGCGAUCUGUGCGGAGUGUGCUAUCGCGCAUCCUGUCGACUUCAUCCCCUCUUCAUCGUCAGUGAUCGUGAGGUGGUGCGCGAGGAGAACAAGCCACGUGCAGAGCAGACGCUGCCCGCUUUUUUUGAAAUAAAAACAUCAAAAAUUCCGAAAGCGGGGCUCGGCGUCUUUGCGAAAAUGGACAUACCAAUAGGAUUGGUCUUUGGUCCCUACCAAGGUAUAUUACUGACGGAUCCAAAGAAAGCGGACCAGAACGGCUAUUCCUGGGAGAUCCGUAUCAGCGGACGGCCUUCGCAGUAUAUCGACGGCAGCGACCCACAAUACUCGAACUGGAUGCGCUAUAUAAACAUUCAGAAGGAGCAAAAUCUGAUCGCUUUUCAGUACAACGGUUCAGUUUACUAUCGUGUCUUCAAACCGAUUAGUGAUGGUACCGAACUCCUUGUGUGGUAUGGGAACAAGUACGGUGAAAGCCUGGGAGUGCUAAGUGUGGCGCCGCGCGUCAAAAUACCGCCCCAGAAGAAUCCAUAUGUAUUCGGAUAACG